ACCUGAAAUGCGAUGAUUACUUUGUUUUUGUGAAGAGGAGAUUCCGAGAAUCAAGCUGCCAUGGUGUGCUCCGGUGUCAGACACUGCAAAAUUGCCCUGGGGUUUGCAGUUAUUUUUGACAUUUUUGGCUUUACCGCCCUGUUUCUGGGGCUCUUUGUGCCAUUGGAAUUGAAGGGGAGAGAUUUCGGGGACCUUCUUGUCUACACUGGGGCUCUGUUAGUUCUGAUGUCUCUUGGCGGUUGGGUGAUGUGGUACAGUGGUAACAUUGAGGGAAUGGCAGCACAAAAAGAUCUAGGAGGAAUAGGCAACGCCGUGGACCGUUUGGCCCGCAACCUCAGCAGGAAAAUAUACACACAUCAUGUCAACAAAGGGCCUUGAUUAUGACUUUUUGAUUAUGGUGCACAUAGCAGGACAUGUGCCUCUUUUUGGCGUACAGAUUUGGACAUUCAAAGAAAAACAGUAUUGUCAAAAUGAGAUUUGACAGAUAAACUAGAUAUAGAUAUGCACUCUUUAAUCAUGUAAGCAAAUAAUAUAAUACUACCGUAGCAGUUCGAUACGAUACUGAACUAACAAGUGUCAUAUAACUUUACUACAUUGUUACAAGAAAUUCUACAGCACUGUAAUCUUAACAUUUCUACAUGUUGUUUGUUUAUCUUUUUUUUUUUUUCAACCCAACUUCUUUUGGCCAACUUUUUUCCAAGAGCAUUGUUUAUUUUCUAUUAAGUUAGUUCUCAAAAAAAUUGAUUCUCAGCACAUAAAAUAUAUCAUGUACAACAGUCAGUAUUGCUAUUUAGAAAACAAACUGGUACUUCAUAUGAUCUCUAGGUGGAGACAAAGAUGAACCUUUUAUAUCAUAAUAGGAGUUACUAGAGGUCAUAUGGCCUUAACAUGAGUAAAAUGAGUUUUGACUUGGUAAAAUGUAAUAAAAAUGUUUUCUUUCUCCUGGACUAUGGUUAUAAAGUUAAAACAACAAUUUAUGGAACAAACAUUAGCUUGACAUAAAGUAAAGACGAUUUUUUUUCUCAA